AGUGUACCCCAUGUUGUCUGCAGCUCAUAUGUGUCUGACGUGUGAAAUAAACCCCAGUCUCCCGCUUCUACGUAAAUUUGGCCUGGUUUCGGUUCUCGACGCGACAAGAGCACAUCCCUGAGAUCAAUCUGCGCUGCGCCCGUAUAUCCCGCCAUGAAUCGAUUUCGCAAGACCAAAAAGGAGAAGGUGAAGGAGGAAGUCGUGGAAAUCACAGAGAGCAGCCCAGUAGGCCUCAGCUCCAAGUUAUCAUGGAAGUCUAAGAAAGAGGAACCCGAAGAGAAACCAGAUUUUGAUCUCUCCUCGGCUUUGCCAUCAACCGACGACUUUCGCACCAGUCUCUUGAUGCCAAAACUGUCUGCACGCUUCAGUAUGCUGAGGGAGCAGGAUGACCCGAAUUCAAUUAUUGGUAAAGCAAGCGACGAUAGCGUUCUAUUUCCCAAGCGUGCCUCGAGACUGAAUCUCUUUGGCCACAAUCCCGGUUUCCUUGCUGAUAUAGACGAGGUCUCAAUUGAUGGUCGAUCGAUGGCUCCAGGGCGCGCCCAGUCAAUUGUGUCGGAGAACAAUUCUUGUGGAACCGAUGAGGACCCUUCACAAAAAGAGAGUAUUAUGAGUAGAGGUCGCCGAGUGGAAAGCAAUAACCUUUUCGGCGGACGGCAGAAGGUGUACAAGAUCUCAUCGAAGUCAACAUUGAGUGGUUCCGACUCGGGGCGCUCGCAGAUGAGUAGUCGUGCUCUCUAUGAACCUGACUUGACAACAUCGACUUUUCGACCCCUCAAUCCCAAAAAGAGCAUAGAAUCCAUGACAGAAGAAUUACAACAAGAUAGCUCUUCUCACGAAACUGAAGACGCCCUUUCCCGAGUCUCUUCCGCCAAACGAACUACCCUCUCUUCCACCGCAUCCGGUCCUAUUGCGAACGCUCGCAGUUCGACAGCUGCCACGUCAAUAGACGAGCAGUCAUUCUCGGGACCCUCGUCGCAGACCUCAGCCAGUGAGGGUCAGUUUCCCGCAUCAAAGCCAACGAUGCCGGGCAUGGCAUCUGAACGUGGUUCAGUCAAAUCUAGGCGUCUAUAUGGGCAAGGUUUGGCGCAAAGCGCACAGAGUCAGCAAGCCUCUACCCUUCAGCGCUUAGAGAGCCUGAGUCGUCAAAGAGCAGGAACUCUCGAGCACGCGCCGCUAAAUCGGGCCUUUUCCAAGAGCGCCACAAACCUGCGCGACAGGAUGCACCCCGUCACAGUCACAGAACCCCUUCCCAUUGAACCCAACCCGAUUCCGCCCACCAGCCCACAGUCUUUGGUUAUAUCACCAGAGGAGUCUCUGAACAUAGGUCUCAAGGGACUCAAAAGUCCUGCCAGCACAACUUACAGUGUUGCACCGCUCAGUCCCCCAUUUAGUGAAAGCGAAGAAGGGGGAGCAUUAGUGGCUGCUCUCCGGCCAGAGGAUCAUGGUAAGGCUACAGCCUCAGGCCUAUUCAACAAGCCUAAGUCCGCCUUCGAUGAAAGUCAGUUCAAGCAACGCCAGCUACAGAUGCAUCAAGGGAGGAGCACGCCGCCUCUAGCCAGGCCCCUCCCGCCGCCCACAAGAACCAAGCUGCCUGAGCUCCCUGGACGCGCGCGAGGGUUUUCGAAUGCAAGCUACACAUCGAGGCCUGGCUCGGCAUCUUCCCAUUACAGCGAGGCUCAACGUCCAGGUAGCCGGUCCGCCACAAACGCUUCUCCCCCCAAGCCCACCGGCACUACUUUCUUCGCCAAUCUAAGUAAUAGUGACUCGGAAGAAGAAGGCCGCGCUUCGCACAUGCGUGAUACGAUGUAUACUACUGACGAACUGCACCCUGCAUUGCGUCCAGAAACACCUUCCAAGCCCUCUACUCCCUCUAGUGAACACCGAAGCCCUUUGCCCGAAGUGCGCUACUCUGACUUGGGUGAUCUAAAGCCUAUUGCGGAGCACGAUCUUGUUGAGAACAAGCCUAUUGACGAGGAGGAUCUUCCAGAGAAGCCCGAUUCUCCUACACUGGGGCCUUCGGGUUUGGGUUUGAGUGGCUUGGUACGAGCACACCUUCGACAAGACAGCGACCGUUCCUCAAUCUACCCUCCUCCUUCCCCUGGUCUUCCCGCUAAGCCUGUAGAAGUGAGUGGCAUAGCGGACGCGUCCCCGCAAGGUCAGAAGGGCGCACCCCAGAGCUCAAAGUGGCAGGAUGAGCUCGUCUGCAGACAUAGACGCGAAGCGAGUACUGAGACACAGAUUGAGCGCGAAGAAUUCGCCAAUGAACUGGCAGAGAGACGAAGAAAAGUGCAGGAAAAACUGAGAGGCUUUGCGGAAGUGGAGAGCAGAUCAGCUAGUCCUGUAUCCGGCCGCCAAACUCCAGAUUUCACUCCAAGUAAACCUGGAAAUGCAUUCUCUUUCCUGAAGAAUAAAUCGGGAAAGCAGCAUCUUUUCAGCAAGCAGGACACCAAAGGUGCUAAAGGCCUUGGCUAUGCCAACGCCUCUACCCCGGCUCUGGUUUCCGAUGAUCCCUGGCGAGAGGAAGAAGAGAGGCCAGCACUGCCUUUCGCGAAGCAUGCUAAUUCUAGCACCCCCCACAUCGCAGGCGAGAGGUCCUUUCGAUCUAAAAUGUCUGUAUUUGGCCGCAGCAGUCAAGAAGACUCCCGUGAGUCUAGCCGCAGCCGCGGUGCUUCUCCACAUUCUAGCUUUAGAUCACGCCGAGAUCGCUCCACGUCUGACGCAUCGGGUCGCUCAAAAAGUCGUUCGCGGCGGGAUCGAGAUGGUCUGGAGACACUAGAGGAAGUUGGACACGGAGGGCACCAUCCAAUGGCUUAUCCUGACCACGAUCAAUACGGCAUCCAGUCCGUCACCUCCUCUACCCGCCCGUCAGUCGAAGUUAGCGAACCUACCAUGUAUGAGCGCUGCUCGUCCGCUGCUUCGACCAGACACCGUAGUGGAAGCCGCUCAGCUGUCUCGAGCUUCCACGAUCGGCCAUCUUAUUUCUCAACAAACAGUUCAUCACUGAUUGGAGCCGCUCCUCGUCCGUCCCCCAUUGCACCAUACUCCGCCAAUGCAACACCCCCUUUGGAUCUCAAUUCCGAGAAUGGUUCUCCUCUGGUACCAGCUACCAGUAACAAUAACCAACAUCAUCACGCUCUCAGUCGUGCACCAGGCAACAAUGGUCUUCAGAAGCGAACGAUUAACAAAACCCUGAUCUCCGAGCCUACCUUCGUUUCUUGCACGUCCAACGUACCCACCGUUGGCCUUCCUCCUGGCGCUAGUCUCAGUAAUGGCAUGGCGACACCGCCAAUCCCACCGAUGAACCCGCGACGUCGUCGUCAGACCACUACACAAACCAUUCUGGGAGCCCUCAAAGGAGAGAGACAUGAGUCUCAAUACACCCCAUCGAUCGACUCGGCCAUGGAGGAAACCAGUAACUUUUCCGACGAUGGCGAGAAGCGCCCGAAAUCUCGUGCCAGACUCCGCAAAUCGUCUAGCGAGGGCGGCAACUUGAAUGUGAAAGCCCGUCACCAGCUCCUUGCUGACACCCCUCCGCCUGCUGUUCCUACCUACCCUCCGCCACAGAUUCCUCUAGAUGGAGGAAUGUUUUAACCUUUCACUUCAUAAAAUUGCCAUUCCAAUCUCCACCUUCUGCGACCACUCAUUCCCCGACUACGAUGUAUUAUCUCAUAUUUCUCAUGUUCUGCUUUAGCCUUCUGCAUCUUUGUGUUGGAUACCUCUCCUUUGCAAUCUCGGUUUUGCAUCCAUCAUGAUACACCAACAGCGUUACGUUGAGCGGAUACCUUCCCUUUUCCUUGUCAUGUUCUUACCCAUUCCUUGACACACAAGUUUCCUACGAGUCAUAUCAUAUCUUCGGACUAGCAUCACCAUUUCCUAAAAAUAGUUGGGAUCUGGCCACAAAUAUAUGAAUUAUUUACAAACA